AUGACUGUGGAACAACUGGAGCAGCGGGUGACGUGCCUCUCGUGGAACAACGAAGGCACUAAUCUUGCGGUGGGCUUGACGCAUGGGUUUAUCAUUUACAGCACAGAAUUACUUUUGAGUGAGGAGGGCUGGCUAAGUGAGGUUAUUCGGCGCCCUGUUCUUGGUGGCGUGAGCAUCGUGGCCCUACACGGGCAGGGUAAUCUGGUGGUUUUGGUGGGGUGGGACUCCGGCCACCGCGACACCGUCACAAUACUGGACCUCUCUGCAGAUGACACGGUGAAUGAAGACCUUUCGGUGUUGGCUCGUGUAAAGCUCUCUUCCGUAGUGUAUGAGGUGUGUUUUCAUCCCCGCAUGCUGUUGGUGGGUAUCCAAACAGGUCUCAUAUAUCUUUUUGACCACGCGCUGCAAAUGAUUGAGUCGUUCCAGGCGUCGACCCCGGCAUCGACCUCGCGUCAGAAGGGUGAUACGUUGGCACUGGGUACCAUGCUUGUAGAGAAAUUGGCGUGUGGCAUUUGCUACUCCCAAUUGUAUGGGGUCAUUCUUGGCCCGACGACCGGCACUGUGCGCUGCAUUUGUUAUGCGAGCGAAAGGCAUGUACAGUCUAGUUUGCUGCAAGAGCCAUUUUCGGACCUCGGAAAGAAGCUCACACCCCAACUUACGGUCAACGUUGUGGAAGUUCACCGCAAUGAAGUGGGAUGCAUCACGAUCACCCCCGAUGGAGUGCGGGCACUCACAGUGAGUCAGCGGGGGACAUCCGUGAAAUUACUCGAUGUUGAAAAUCAUGUUGUCAUUUGUCAGUUCUCCAGGGGAACGACACCCAACGCCGUUCAUGCAUUGGGGUUGCUUGUGUCCUCCACGGAGACCAUAGCUGCCUGUAUUUCUGGCGCAGGUACUUUUCACCUUUUUCACAUUCGCACCGCCGACACUUUGGAUGCUCGGGCUGUUGGGGUAGCCAAUACGGAUCCAUGGGUCAGUGGCCAUAGUUUUAUGCGAGCAUGGACGGAUUACAGAAACAGUGUGUGUCCCAAGACGCGUCUAGUGAUUCCAGAAGAUGAGCUGUAUGAAACCCUUUGCAGAGAGGAAGACUGUGGAAAGUCCAUAUAUAGUAUGGUCCUUCGCCACGCUGCAAAAAAAGAUUCCUGCGUGGCCCUUGUUGUUCAGCGAUGUAUGUCGCCUCAAGGGAUAACGAGGAAAGCCCGGCUGCUUUCCGUCCAAGUGGAGUUAUCGGCAAAAGACAGUAUGAAAAUUCUGCGCAGUUUCUACUUUCCAAGGGACGAGUUGUAA